AUGGCCGGAACCGGAAUCACUGGUCGCACGCGACCCACUAAGGUCAAGAAGCAGGCCUCUGCCGCCAAGAGGAAGCGGGACGAUGUCGACGUCGAGAAGUUGGAGGCGGCUGUUGCGGCUUUGGAACCUAAGACGGGCACAUACAAAGACUUCACCGACCUCCCGCUCUCAGACCCCACCAAGCAAGGCCUCAAGUCGUGCCACUUCGCCGUCAUGACCGACAUCCAGGCCAAGGCAAUCCCUCUCGCACUCCAAGGCUGUGACAUCCUCGGCGCCGCGAAGACUGGCAGCGGCAAAACCCUUUCGUUCCUUAUCCCCGUCCUCGAAAACCUAUACCGACUACAGCACGUCGGUGCAGACGCAGGCCUGGGCGCUCUUAUCCUCGCGCCGACGCGCGAGCUGGCCAUCCAGAUCUUCGAUGUGCUGAAGAAGAUUGGAAAGCACGGGCACAUGUUCGCAGCCGGUCUGCUCAUCGGCGGUAAGAGCUUGGCGUUUGAGAGGGAGGCCUUGACAAGAAUGAACAUUUUGGUCGCAACACCGGGGCGCAUGCUGCAGCAUCUAUCGCAGACGGCAGCUUUCAACGUCGACGAUCUAAAGAUGUUGAUUCUGGACGAGGCGGAUCGAAUCCUCGAUAUGGGUUUCCAGAAAGACGUAGACGCCAUCAUUGAAUACCUGCCGAAAGAGCGUCAGACAAUGCUGUUCUCCGCAACGCAGUCACGCAAGGUUUCUGACCUAGCACGUCUGAGUCUUCGAGACCCUGAGUACGUCUCUGUGCACGCCGAGGACAAGAGCGCGACACCCAAGGGUCUCACGCAGAACUACAUCAUCUGCCCCAUCGAGGAGAAGAUGGACACGCUGUGGAGCUUCAUCCAAGCGAGCAAGAAGUCGAAGAUCCUAUGCUUCUUCUCUUCAGCCAAGACGGUUCGAUUCGUCUACGAGUCUUUCCGACACAUGCAGCCCGGUAUACCGCUGCUUCAUAUUCACGGUCGCCAAAAGCAGGGUGCUCGACUGGACGUGACAGCCAAAUUCUCUGCAGCGAAGAACUCAUGUCUGUUCGCUACAGAUGUGGCGGCACGAGGUUUGGAUUUCCCAGCCGUCGACUUCGUUAUUCAGGUCGAUUGCCCAGACGACGUCGACACGUACAUUCAUCGCGUUGGUCGCACGGCCCGUUACAACCGUGAAGGGCGAGGUGUAUUAUUCCUGGCGCCGAGCGAGGAAGAAGGCAUGCUGAAGCGCCUGGAGCAGAAGAGGGUCCCAGUCGAACUCAUCAACGUGCGACAGAAGAAGAAGACAUCCAUCAAGGAACAACUGCAGAACAUGAACUUCAAGGACCCGGCAGUUAAGUAUCUAGGACAGAAGGCAUUUAUGACGCACGUCAAGUCCCUGUACCUACAGAAAGACAAGGAGGUUUUCAAGCUGAAGGAAUACGACCUGGAAGCGUACGCAGCGAGCCUGGGCUUACCAGGAACACCGAGAAUCAAAUUCCUGCAAAACGACGACAGCAGACAGAAGAAGCAAGCAUCGAGACAGACAAUCGAAGUAUCCGAGUCCGAGUCCGAAGAGGAAACACCCAAGGAGUCGAAGCCCGUACGAACAAAGUACGACCGCAUGUUCGAGCGCCAGAACCAAGACGUCCUUGCAGACCACUACAAGAAACUCGUCCGGGACGGCGACGAGGGUGCAGCAGCAGGAGACGAAUUCACCGGCGCUGGAGGUGCCACCAAUGGCGGCGACGACGACUUUAUGGCUGUCAAGCGCAGGAUUCCCGCCGACAGCGACGACGAGGCCGACGACAACGAGACGUUCGGCAUCGACGCCACAACCGACCCCGCUGUACCAGGAGGCAAAGUCGUCAACCUUGCGGGCGCCUCGCAGCCCCUCGUCAUCGACUCGAACCGACGCGAGAAGCUGCUCAAGUCCAAGAAGAAGCUGUUGCAAUUCAUGGACAAGGGCAAGAAGCUCGUCUACGACGAUGAAGGCAACCCGCACGAGGUGUACGAGCUUGAGAACGAAGACGACUUCAAGGCCCGCGGGCUGCCCGAGGAGCAGAGACAGAAGUUCAUUGAGUCUGCACGCCAGCUUGUCGAGCAGGCUGAUGUCGACGACAAGGCUGCGGCGCGCGAGAAGAGGAGAGAGAAGAUGCGCAAGCGGAAGGAGAAGGAGCGAGGCGAGACUGUUGAUGCCUCCGACGAUGAGGAGGGUGGUGCGGAAUUCUCAGACGCCGGUGAAGAUCUCCUGGCGAACUUCAGGGCAGAUGCAGCGUCCAGCGACGACGACGAGGAUGAGGAGGAAGAGGCGCCGCAGCUGGUCGAGAAGAAGCCGAAAAAGUGGUUCCAGUCCGACUCGGAAGACGACGAGGGGAGCAACAGGAAGAAGCGCAAGAAGGGCCACGGUGCGCGACACGUCGUGGAGCAGCCCGAAACUCUCGAAGACAUGGAAGACAUGGCUGCCAGGCUGCUCGGCUAG